UCCACACCCCACACACACAUCGCCGUUCUUCAACCCCGAAAACCCUAAUCCCUCACAGAGAGCCAGCCGCCAUGAAGUACAACCCACGAGUCACCAGCUCUCGCCGCAAGUGCCGCAAGGCUCAUUUCACGGCACCAUCGAGCGUCCGCCGUGUGCUGAUGAGCGCACCCCUAUCCAGCGAGCUCCGAAGCAAGUACAACGUUCGAUCAGUCCCGGUCCGUAAAGACGACGAGGUGCAGGUUGUUCGUGGGACCUACAAGGGGCGUGAAGGUAAGGUUGUGCAGGUGUACCGUCGCAAAUGGGUUAUUCAUAUCGAGAGGAUUACUCGUGAGAAGGUGAACGGUCAGACCGUUAAUGUUGGGAUUAACCCGUCGAAGGUUGUUGUGACGAAGCUGAAGCUUGAUAAGGACAGGAAGUCGUUGCUUGAGAGGAAGGCGAAGGGGCGUGCUGCUGAUAAGAGUAAGGGGAAGUUUAGCGCUGAAGAUGUUGCUGCUGGUGCUUCUCUUCAAGAGAUCGAUUAGGUUUUUAUUUAUGUUUUGUUAAGUUUUGGUUAUCGUUUUACAGAGCUUAAUGCUUUUACCCUACUUUUGUUAUGACCUUUAUUUUCAAUGGAUUCUGUUUGAUACAUUAUGCUUUGAUUAUCUGAAGAUGAUUUUACGAA